CGCAUGUAGUCUGUGCGCGUAAAACCAGGAGUACGGCAGGUUGGGGUCGGUGGAUCUGAUCAGUCAUCGGGAUUGUACUCAUCAGUGCACAACAGCAUCCGGUCCUCUUCACGAAGUUGUGGAAAGCGCGUUUCGGUUUUGAGGCUGGACUGACAGAGUUGGAUACAAUGACUCUUUCUUGGAUUUUAUAAUCUCUCUAACUGUGUUUGGAUUGUCAAGCAGCUGUAAAGACUGACACUGAUAACACAGCAUGUUGCCAGAAAUUAAUAACAAGACAUCACGACCGGAGGCCUUCCCUCACCCUCACAGACUCCCAACAGAAGGCAGCCGUCUUGGAACAAACCGACCCUGCUCACAGAAGUUUGGCCCUGGUGUAGGGACCCUGCCUCAGCUUGAGCCACCAGUGGUCCAGGUGGUGGUCAGCAAUGCCAAAAACCAACACCAGCAAUCGGACAACAUCCUGCCCCAGAUUGCCAACAAAGGGGGCCAAAACAACUAUCAGACACACCAGGAUGAGAGGCCGAAGCCCACCCAGCAGUUCAGCAUGCGGUUCGGGGCAGCAAUGGAUAAAGUGUCUGUCUCCCGUAACAGCAAGAUUUUCAGCAACAAGCUGGAGAAAGAGAGGGCAUAUGAGGGUCAAAGGUUACCCAUGUCCCCCAUAGAGGCACUGAAGAACUUCAAGGAGCGGCUGACGGAGUUUGAGCAGGAGGAAAUCAUGGACUACGCAGAGAUCUGGUUCCUGGGUCUGGGCUCUCAGAAGAUCGAGGGUUCCCAGGGCGCACCGCAGAACUCUGGAUAUGAUGACGAGCACGGGAGCUACGUGAGGGUGCUGCAUGACCACAUUGGCUACCGCUUUGAGGUGCUUGAAGUGAUCGGGAAAGGCUCCUUUGGGCAGGUCCUGAAAUGUCUGGACCACAAAAACAAUGAACUCGUAGCCAUUAAGAUGAUACGCAAUAAGAAAAGGUUCCAUCACCAAGCUCUGGUUGAGCUGAAGAUCCUGGAUGUAAUAAAGAGGAAAGACAAAGACAACCUCCACAACGUCAUCCACAUGAAGGAGUACUUUUACUUCCGAAAUCACCUCUGCAUCUCCUUUGAGCUUCUCGGGGUGAACUUGUACGAGCUCAUCAAAAAAAACAACUUCCAGGGCUUCAGUCUCGCUCUCAUCCGUCGCUUCACCCAUGCUCUUCUCAGGUGCCUGCAGAUGCUGCACAGGGAGAAGAUAAUCCACUGUGACCUCAAACCGGAGAACAUCCUUCUGUCUCAGAGAGGGCCAGGGAACAUCAAGGUGGUUGACUUUGGAUCAAGCUGUUAUGAACAACAACGGGUGUACACCUACAUCCAGAGUCGCUUCUACCGCUCUCCAGAGGUCAUCCUGGGUCACCCCUACAGCAUGGCCAUUGACAUGUGGAGUCUGGGUUGCAUCCUUGCUGAACUCUACACAGGCUAUCCUCUCUUCCCAGGAGAGAGUGAGGUGGAGCAGAUAGCCUGCAUAAUGGAGGUUCUUGGGAUGCCUCCGAAUGAUUUUGUUCAGUCGGCAUCGAGGAAGAGGUUGUUCUUUGACUCAAAAGGAAACCCCAGGAACAUUACUAAUAGCAAGGGGAAGAAGAGGAGACCAAACUCCAAGGAGUUGUCCGCCGCGUUGAAAACAAAUGACCCUUUGUUCUUAGACUUCAUCAAACGCUGUCUCACGUGGGAUCCGACCAAACGUAUGACUCCAGAUGAGGGGUUACAGCAUGAGUGGAUCCUGGAGGGAAAUUUCAACAAAGUGCGUCCAAGAACAAGGCCGACAGUGAAGAAGACCUCAGACAGUUCGACCAGCAAGCCCGCGGAGAAGGUCAGCUCAGAGAGCAGCACCAAUGACAAGCAGAAGAGAGACGGUUCAGCAACAGGAACAAAGAUGGCCCCUGCCGAGCGUCUGCGACCCAUCGGGGCCUCAGCGGAGGAGGAGGUGUGUGAGAAUGAGGGCAAGCUCUCUACGGAAACCAAGCAGCAAGAAGGAGGUGGGGAGAGGCCCGUUCACAUCAUCAUCAAACCUCAAGAGGAAGUGGGCACAGAGGGAAAAGAUAGCCAGUGUUUGCCCCCUAUCAUGUAACAGGCAAAGGGAAUCGUGCUGCUGCGCUCAUGACAGGUGGGAACUGAUGUGUCCCACUCCCCACCUGAGAGUGAUUGAGAUGGUGAAGUAGAUGGACAGCUGAGAGAAAGUUGCAACUGUUUGGCACUGCACACACAGAAAAUUUAAAGAUCUUUCAUGUCAUGUGUCUACAUGACGUCACAAAACAUGUCAGAGAAGUCUGAGUUUCAAGUUGGAAAUCAGCUCAAGUGGAAACCAGUUCCCACAUGCUGUGAACAAGAUAUAUAUUUGUAUGGAGGGGACACGAUGAUCAUCAGCAGAGACGGACAUCUUCUAUUUAUUGAUUUAAGUAAACAGUCAUAGUGUAUUUUUUUUUGUUCUGUGGAACUUUGAGUUUGUAUGACAGUGAAGUCAAUCAACCAGUUGUAUUUUUUUUUUAUAAAGGAGUCAAGAUGCAGUUGCAGGCACUUUGUUUAAAUGUGUCAUAACUUAGACACCAAGAUGUCUGCCACCUAACAAUGCACAUGUUGGAUUUAGUUCAAAUGGUCAAAGCCCUAAUUCAUAGUAAAGCAACAACCUUCUGCUAUCUCCUGUUAUAUUUAUUAAACCCAAUCUUUGCUGGACAUCGAGAUCUUUAACAAACAGGUUUGAACACAACACUUCUCAGUUUCCAUGUUAAAAAACAAAGUAGGUGACUUUAAAAGGUGCAUGGGUGUAACACUGAUCAAAUCUUUAUUCUUCUUUCUUUUAGUCAUUUUAGCUUUACUUUCAUAAAGAUAAGAUGUUUUAAGAAUUGUGUGCAAUAAAGGCUGAGCCAAAAAAUGUUUUUUUUAAUCAUGUUAACAAAGAAAUAAUCGUCAGAUACUUUUUAAUGGUAGAAUGCAGUUGAUGAAAUUGAGAUUUCACUUAUUUAUUAUGUUUGAUCUUAUGUUUCAUAUUUGUUUAACACUUUAAUUGAACAAUCAUAAAAUAUGUAUUUGUAAUAGACUUUAUUGUAUAUAUUUCUGCUGUAAUUUCCUUUGUAUGUGUAAUACAGAACAUAUUUUGAGAAAAUAUUUCAGAUAUUUGUCGAGGGUUUAGACAAGGUUUUACUUGUUGUGUUGUUACUGUAUGAAGAUAUUUUGUAUGUCUGUGUUAUUCAGAACAUUUUUUUUAUAUUAGAAACAAAAAGACAAUCCUGUUAUUGAUAGUUUGUGCCUUGCAGUAUUAGACAUCUUGCACUUUACUAUUGUGUGUGUACACCUGGAUUAGAAACCGUUGGAUUCUUACCUGUCAAACAGACAAGGGUUCAGACUACCCUGCCAGGAUCCCCUUUUAUUUAAUAAAAUUAUGUUGUGUCUCAUGUUACAGAAUAUAAUGAAACAAUUGUUUCAUUUUUAACCACAUUUUUACAAUUGAUUUGUGUCUUUAGUCGCCAACAGAGUUCUAAUUUAAAUUUAAUACAGACCCAUACCCUCCCAUCUGUUAGCAAAGCAACAAGGGAUCCAGAGAGGGUGGAUUGUAGCUGAAAUAAGAAGAGUUAUGGUAUAGUUAUAUACAUUUUUAUGUCUUUUUGUCUUUUAUGAUGAAAUAAAAGGUUGUU